CGGCAAAGGCUUUAAUCUCGGCUCUCAGUCACAGGCUUUUGAAGUGAGUUUCUCUGGCAGAACUCCGACUGGCUGUGCUGCUGCUCACACUGUGCGCUCUGCAGCAGCGAGAGUGGGCGCUGGGACCGCGCUGGACGGGAAGGAUCUGGCUUGCGGACUCUUAUCUAGGAUUCAGGAGCGGAUUGCACAUCGCAGCGUCUUUGGACAGUGAUACAUCGUAUCCCUUGUCUGUGCAUCACUUGCGUUGUUAUCAGGCGGGAUCACUACAUUGUUACCAGCCGCAGAUCCUCCCACACAGCGCAUCUCUGGCCACAGUGCGUCUGCUGGAUACAGACUCACACGUCUGCCAGUUGUGCUGACCGCUGAGCGAUCUCUCUGCCUGAAGGUCGUGCGAUCAGGACGGGAUAAGUUACCUGCAGGAUCAGCCCUUCCUUCCAUUCCGGACACAUUACCGAGACUCAGACACCCGGGGUCACUCCCCCUCCCCCCUGCACCCCACCCACACCAAUGCCUGUCCUGGGGACAUGAUCAGUUCUCCUCUGGCUGCUGGAAGUCGUCUGAGUCCGUCACCCCGUGAGAGCGGAGAGAGCUGGGAGAGCAGGAUCGGAGGAGCCCCGGCCAGCAGAGCGUUCGUCCAUCCUGUGCCCCCCAGUGACCCCCUGCGCCAGGCCGGCAGGCUGCCCAUCAAAGUGCUAAAGAUGCUGACAGCCCGCAGCGGACACAUCCUGCACCCGGAGUACCUGCAGCCCCUGCCCUCCACCCCUGUCAGCCCCAUAGAGCUGGAUGCUAAGAAGAGCCCCCUUGCCCUCCUGGCCCAGACCUGCUCUCAGAUCGGGAAACCGGACCCCACACCGUCCAAGCUGUCCUCAGUGACCGGCUCCUCCACCGGGGCGGACAAGGACUCCAAAUCCGGCCCACUCAAGCUCAGCGACAUCGGCGCCGAGGACAAGUCCAGCUUCAAGCCGUACUCCAAGCAGCCGGACAAGAAGGAGUCUUCCUCGGGGGAUAAGUCCGGAUUCCGGGUGCCGAGCGCCGCAUGUCCCCCCUUCACCCCCAGGACAGGCAGCCCUGGCUCCCCCCGCACCCCUACGCCUUCCUCAGACUCAAAACCCUCCGGGGAUAGCGCAGACAAGAAGGAAAUUGAGCAAUGCUCCAAAAGCUCUCAGUCCGAGGGCGGAUCGCACGGGAGGCUGAGCGUGGACCUCCCCCAGGCUCAUUCAGAGGGUCCUACCGGGUGCAAGAGUCUCUCUGCUGCCCCUUCCCCAACCUCAGCCUCCUCCUCCUCCAGCUCCUCCGGCUCUGUGCUGGGCUCCGGGCUAGUGGCCCCAGUGUCUCCCUAUAAGCCGGGCCACACGGUUUUUCCUCUGCCCCCGGCUGGCAUGUCCUAUCCGGGCAGUCUGGCUGGAGCCUAUGCCGGGUAUCAUCCGCAGUUCCUAACUCACGGAGUCUCUCUGGACCACACCAAGGGUAACUCUUUAAUGGGCGCCCAGCUGGGCUCCUUAGGCUGCUCCAGCAAAUCUGGCUCCAGUCCCCUGACCGGGGCCUCCCCUCCGUCUGUUAUGACUGCAAGCUUUUGUCGGGACCCUUACUGCCUCAGCUACCACUGCGCCUCCCAGCUGGGUGCCAGCGCAGCUUGCGCACAUGACCUCAAAUCAGGAUACCCACUGGUGUACCCCAGCCACACGCUGCACGGAGUCUCACCACCUUCUCUCUCCGGGCACCCUCUCUAUCCCUAUGGCUUCAUGCUCCCCAACGAUCCUUUACCCCAUGUUUGUAACUGGGUUUCAGCGACGGGUCCCUGUGAUAAGCGCUUCUCCUCCUCCGAGGAACUGCUGGGCCAUCUGCGGACACAUACUGCCUUUUCAGGGGCAGCGGACAAAUUGUUGCCCGGAUACCCAAGCUCUUCAUCCCUGGCAGCCGCUGCCAUGGCUUGCCACAUGCACAUGCCACCCUCAGGGGCCUCACACAGUCCCCUCACUCUGCGUAGCCCUCACCACCACCCAUUGGGACUCAGUAGCAGUCGAUACCAUCCAUAUUCCAAGAGUCCCCUCCCUACAGGUGGUGCCCCAGUGCCAGUACCUGCAGCCACAGGACACUACUACUCACCAUAUGCACUCUAUGGGCAAAGACUUACCACAGCGUCUGCUCUAGGAUACCAAUGACUUCCACUAGGGGUCUCCAGCACUUGGAGAUAAAAGACAUAAUUGUGUAAUUUUUUUAUUUUAUUAUUAUUAUUAUUAUUAUUAUUUUCUAACGAAAAAAAAAAAUAGAUUUUGGUGUUCAUCUGAGGACUGGAUCCAUGGACACUUAUUUAUUUAUGUUAGCUCAAAGCAGGACGGCUCAUAAAGUGCAUUUCUGGAUAGGUAAAGUGACAAUUCCCAAUGUAGUGUUUUAAAUACCAGGGACUGAAUAACGCAUUUUCUCUUAAUGUUACUUAAAAAGAAAAAAUAUUAAUAAUGA